AUGUCCGUCAUUGGUGCUACUGAAUCCGAAAUUGCCAAAGUACAAGAACAAGAUGAAAAAAUGGCAGUGAAGCAAAAACCACGUCAGUUUCACCCAAGCUUGUUGAAGAAUUCCUCUCCACGACGUACACCAUCGUCUUCCCUCGGACCUCCCGUAUUUGGCCGGUGCGGCGCACAUAGCAGUACACCGGAGGGGAGUCCUCUGCAGGCCGAUGUCGUCAAAUACCUGGAAAGGCUAGCGUCUGACCCUGCUGUAUUGCAUGUAUGCAAGUUGCAUUCUUACCAGGUUGGACUUCUCUCGGAAUUGUUGCCCCAUGAGAACCCUGAAUUACUAGGCCUUAAUGUCAACAAGGGGGAAAAAAUCCUUCUUCGCAUUCGUACAGAUGAAGAGGAUGGUUUUCGUGAUUACAAGACUACGCGGCGGGUUUUGAUGCACGAAUUAGCACACAAUGAGAUAUCGGACCAUCCACCUGAAUUUAAGAUCCUGAAUAGCCAAUUGAACCGUGAAGUGGAGUCGUUUGAGCGCUCGCGUGCACGAGGUACGCAUGUGCUUGAUACGACCCCCAUGUAUCAACCUGUCCCGGGAAGAGAUAUUGAGGAGGAUCUUGAAGAACGGCGAUUACGUAUCCUGGCGGCCACAGAAGCGCGACUUGCCAAGUUGGACCAGGACAUAGAUGCGGGGUGUGGAAGUGGAGGGGCGAAUCUUUCGUAA